AUGAGUGAUUCAGACGAUCAAGAGGAUAGAGAGAACUUGGCCGCGAGAGAGAUCGCGCUGGCCGAGCAGCACGAAGAUCCGCCGGAUCCAACGCCGCGCACAAUCGCGCCAAUGAUGGAGCGCGACACAAUGAAGAAUGCAGGAGGUGCACCCAAAGAGUACUUAAAGUGCAAACUAUUCUCUUUCACUUUGACAGGGAAGGCUUUGCGCUGGGUUAAGUCUCUUCCAGCUCAAUCCAUAACCACAUGGAAAGAGUACAAGGUGGCAUUCCUAGCCAGCAAUGGAAAUUUCAUGACCAAGACAGUUACUGAAGCAAAGAUUUUGAUUGAAAAUCUAGCCUCAAGCGACAGUGACAACUUCAUUGGGCAUGAGAGAGCAGUGAAGGCCAUAAAUUCUGAUCCAUACAGAGAUGGAUACAGCGAAAUCAAAGCCAUGAUGGCUGAGAUACUGAGAAACCAAGGAAGAGAAGUGGAGAGACAAAGAGAAGCUUAUAGAGUUGAAUCCACAAUAAUUCAAGACUACUUUGGAGAUUUGAUUCCAAACUUUCAAGAAGAAGUAAACUUUGUUGGAAUAGUGAUAUACCUCUAUUUUACCCACUUUUUAUGCUAUUUUACUAUGGUUUUCUAA